GUUCGUGACAUCGUUCUGCACGACACGCCCUUGCCUGCGUGGAGAGCAAAGGGUUGACCGUGGCGGUUAAGGAGAGGGCACAUCCCCCCAAGUCUCUCAUUUUCCCUUCGCCGUCUACCCACCGACUGUGCCUGUCAUGCUGCGGAUCCGACGGUAUAGGGUCUUUGUGGCCUUCACCAUCAUCUUUGUUCUCACAGUCUUCCAUUUCGCUCGAUCGCGCGACUGGUCGCCCGCUGCCGAGUCCGCCCCGCUGGUCGAUCUGGCGGAAUCGAACGGGCCUCCUGCCAGUGCUCCUGACCAUGAUUCUACCUCUUCUCAACAUGGAUUUGUCCCUGAAAGUCCGCCUCAGAUUGCGAAACCUGAAGCAAAGAAACCUGAGCCGGAGGCCGUUGGUGGUGCAGGUGCCGCAGGUGCUACAGACUCAAAGCUAGAUACGCCGCCCAAGACGCCCCCGAAAGACACUUCUCAUAUCAGCAAACCUGACAAGAUCGACUCGACCGUUCAGUAUGGCAAUUCUAUACCUGGAAUCCUGGGCCCAGACUUCGGCCCUCAGGGUCAGGGCAGGCUAGAGGUUACGCUGCCAGAUGCUCCAGGCAGGCCUGAACCUCACUGGCGCAAGUUCCCAGAGCAUUUCCCCGUACCUUCGGAGAAGCUCAUUAAGUUGCCCACCGGCCAACCGAAUAAGAUACCGAAACUACAAGCACAAUUCGCGGAGGAGUCGGCUGUGGAACAAGUGGCUCGCAACCAGAAGUUGGCGACUAUCAAGGAAGCUUUCGAGCAUGCAUGGAAGGGAUACAAAUCAAACGCCAUGGGCCAUGACGAGCUACGCCCGGUUGAGGGUGGCUACCGCGAUCCAUUCUUGGGUUGGGGUGCUACCUUGGUCGAUUCUCUGGAUAGUCUGUGGAUAAUGGGUAUGGAGGACGAGUUUGUGGCCGCGAUGGAAGAGAUCAAGAAGAUCGACUUUACAACCAGUAGCAGAAAGGAUAUUCCAGUUUUUGAGACGGUCAUUCGCUACCUGGGUGGUCUCCUCGGUGCCUACGAUAUCUCCGGGCAGAAGUAUCGUGUGCUCUUGGACAAGGCUAUUGAGCUAGCCGAGAUUUUGAUUGGAGCCUUUGACACGCCUAAUCGCAUGCCAGUGAUGUACUAUAACUGGGCACCCGACUACGUUUCUCAGCCCCAUCGCGCGAACACUCGGGUCGUCCUCGCGGAGAUCGGUUCCCUCUCGAUGGAAUUCACGCGCCUGGCCCAAUUGACCAAGGAAGACAGAUAUUACGACGCCAUUGCACGAAUCACGAACGAACUCGAGAAGAUGCAAGAUAACACCAGGCUUCCAGGAAUGUGGCCCAUCCAAGUUGAUGCUUCUGGAUGUAAAAAGGCUCAUCGGAAGUCGGCUCAGCUGCCACCACUCGGCAAACCUGAAGAGGCCCAGGGGGCUAACGUUCCUUCGCCUCCUAUGCCCAUGAGAGCGCCAACAGAUGUUGAGAGCUACAUGAACUAUAUCAGUCCGUCGCAUCAGAAACGGGAUGCGGAAAGUUUCGUGCACGAAGAUACAGAGCCUGCUGUCUACGACGCUGUUCCAACGCAAACGCCAGUAGCCAGAGCUCCUGUGAUCAACGAGGCCGGCAAAUCCUACUGCGAGGAGCAAGGCCUUGCAUCCCCACCUUACUCCUCGAGCGACAGGUUCGGACUGGGUGGUCAGUCGGAUUCUACCUACGAAUAUCUUCCGAAGGAAUACAUGCUUCUGGGUGGGUUGGUUGAUCAGUAUCGGAAAAUGUACCAGCGUUCCAUGGAAGUCGUUCGCGAUUAUAUCCUCUUCAGACCGAUGAUCAAGGAUGACCGGGAUCUCCGCUUCGCGGCCACUGUGACCUCAACACGGCCGCCUGCCGGCAAAGACGAUUUCGAUUCGUUGAGCUAUCAAUACGAAGGCACUCAUCUUACCUGCUUUGCUGGUGGUAUGUUCGCAGUGGGUGCCAAAAUUUUCGAUAUACCAUCUGAUAUGAGUCUUGCCGCGAAAUUCACCGACGGCUGUGUCUGGUCUUACGAAGCCACUGCUACCGGCAUUAUGCCAGAAGGCUUUGAAGUCCUCUCGUGCGAGAACGCGGCUUCUUGUCCAUGGAAUGAGACCCGAUACAACGAAGUCCUGGAUCCUCAUCCUGAAUAUCGAGUCAAACAGGCGGAGCUGGUCUACGAGAAAAAGGUCAAGUCGGCUAAACAAGCACAGAAAGAUCUGGAGAAACCCGCGAAGGCUCCUUCCCACGACCAGGAGAACCAAGUCGCCAAGCGCGGCGUGAAGUUCCAUGGGAGCGAAGAAACGACUACGCCAUCCAAGACAGUUGAAGAUAGCGCCGAACCGCACGCUUCAGGCGUCGCUAUGCCGGACAAGCCAAGUGUGCUUUCUCAUGAGGACUUUGUUAAAGCUCGCAUUCAGGAUGAGCGUCUGCCUGCGGGUUUCACAAAGAUCUCUUCCCGCAAAUACAUUCUUCGACCGGAAGCCAUCGAGUCGGUCUUCAUCAUGUACCGACUAACUGGCGACAACUAUUGGCGAGAGAAGGGGUGGAAGAUGUACGAGGCGGUCAGCGCUUACACACGCACAGAGCUGGCCCAUUCUGCCAUCCACGACGUUACGAGCGGAGCUCCUCUAUUUCUGGAUUCCAUGGAGUCAUUCUGGCUUGCAGAGACUCUGAAGUAUUUCUACCUGCUGUUCAGCGAUCCCAGUGUGGUUAGCUUGGAUGAAUAUGUUCUGUGAGUAAUGAUUCCCUUGCGUGCUCUCGAGAGCUGCGAUCUUCUAACAUGGACGUUUUCAGGAACACCGAGGCGCAUCCUUUCAAGCGCCCGACGUAAUCACGAAAUGGACACUGCCUCGCCAAUUGCUUUUCUUCGUUUCGCUUGUAUAAAUAUGGAUACCACAACAACAUUACCAAGUAGCUGCUAAUUCUGUCAACAUGCAUGUAUAAUGUGUACCGUUCUCCUU